GCAGGGAAAUCUUUCUUUACGAGACCCACUUCUGAAAAAAAGGAAAAGAACAUGUGGAUUAAUUAGAAAGCACGAGGCAGAUGAACACUAGGGCCGGCGACUGGCAGCUUCGUGCUCGCAGAUGAAGUAAAACCAACCCGGUGACCGGCCCUCUCCUCACUAGUAAAUAAUCGCCUGAAGAAUUCCAGGAAGUGGCCAAGUAGGCAGCAGCGGCCAAAUCCUGUCGACCUUGCAAAGCAUUGUUGCGUGCCAUAUGUGCCAAUCGCGAGGGCUCCUUGCCUCCUUGGUUAGUGCAUCUGUCUUCGCCGAAGGUCAUUCUCAGCUACACGCCUACACUCUGUAGAAACCAAGAUUGCCCACAGAACUUCCUGGUGUUUUUUUUUUUUGUUGCAACCUGCCUGGCUAGCAUUUACAUGGUGCAGCCCUUGAUGCUUUAGGCAUUUCCGCAUUUGUCACUCCAUUGUGUCAACCGUUAGCAUUUCCAACAAGUUCAUGGUCAACAACCUCGGGGGAUUCGCUUAGAAAAGGGAGAAAAGCUUCAGGUCUUGAACAGAAGGGCCUAAAGAUGUGGAGGAAGGGCCUUUGUAUCAAGUCUUAUUAGCUGGAUGGCUGCAGGUGCAGGGUCAGAGAAACACACUUCACCCCAUCGUAUGAUGUUGUAGAUGAAGUAGUCAAGGCCUUCCGCUACACUCCUCCAAAGAUCAAGGAAAUCCUUCGAAUUAAGAUAUAGCUUCAGCUUAGAGGUCCUGUCUGUCAGAACAUCUAGACUGUGAACAAAACCAGGGGAUACUCCUGCACUUUCUUCGUCCAGGAUCUCAUCACCUAUGACAGGUCUGUCCACUCCAGGAUCCAAUGUUCUGGACAUAUUCCUUCGAACUCAAGCAGAACCCAAGACAGUAUCUGUUCCAGGUAAUUGGUCCCUAAAACUUAACUAAAAAGCUGAUUUCAUCUGUAAACAGGGAUCCUUGAGGACCCAUAUCCAAGAAGGUAGCAUCUUCACCCCAUUCCCGGAGCACAUUCUCGCAGUAACGAGCGGCAUUGACUGCACGCGAAGUUUUUGACAAAGACUGAUCUUCUAAUGCCGUAUCCGAUGAUUGCAAUGCUUCGCAGCGCCCGUCGUGGCAGGAGGCUUCAAAAUGGAAAGAGUUUUGUCCACUCUAGAAUCAACAGCCAUGACAAGGUUGGUCCACUGCGGCCUAGUGGUGCUGAUCCAUACUAAUUCUCGCUCGAUGUCCGUCACAGCAUCAACAGCGUGGAGCAGUUUCCCUUGCUUCCAUUAUGUUACAUUCGAUUCUCUAUGUAUGUGUGAUAGGUUCAACUUUGGGGCAUGUCUAACGAUGGAAAAUGCCGCAUCUUCCAUUCCAGGUUGCCAACCAAAGCUUCGAGCUGCCUUCCCUUUCCAGUCGCAACGGGGCACCCAUGGAGGCCGAAGCACCCAUGGAGGAAGAGCGCUGCCACGGCCUUGCUAGCUCCUGC